ACGAGGCUGUUAAUAGUGGAGCGUUCAGAGGGUGCUUGGGGAGCAAAGAUGGAUGGGGAACUGAAGUGUUCUGUGUGCUGUCGUAACUUCACCAAGCCAGUCUUGCUUCCUUGCUCACAUUCUCUUUGUUUAGGGUGUGCUCUGAGUAUCCAAGCUCCAGUUCAGCAAUUUGUCCCGGCGCCGGCCAGUUCCGAGGAGGGAGCGACGACAUCAACGACGGUUGGAUUACCUGAGUACGACUUCCCUGAUAUUGACAAAGUGUCGAUACUCAGCGAAACGGACAGUGGAGUCGUGUGUAAUAGCCGACCAAAUAGUUAUGUCGGAACCCCAAAUGUCAGUAACAUCAUCACACAAGCAAUACAGGGGAGUUCUAUCGGUAUCUGUUGUCCAGCGUGUAAAAAAACAGUUUACUUGGAUGAAAAUGGUGCGAACAGUUUACCAAAAAACAAAGUUCUGGAGGUUAUAGUUGAGAAAUACACGAGCGGAAAAAGUAUGGUGGUUCGAUGUCAGUUGUGCGAAAAGGACCCCAAAGAGGCCUCGGUGAUGUGCGAGCAGUGCGAGGUGUUUUACUGUGACAGUUGUCGCGAGCACUGUCACCCGGCUAGGGGUCCCCUGGCCAAACAUAACCUGGUAGCCCCCAGUGCGGGUAAAGACACCAUGAGGGCCAAAAAUAAAAGCAUAAGCAUCAAAGACGUCAAAUGUUCAGAUCACGGGGAUGAGAAUAUUAGCAUGUACUGUUUGAUUUGUAAAGUUCCCCUGUGCUGUCUAUGUAUGCAGGACGGCCAGCAUGUCAACCACGAUGUCCAAGCACUAGGGGCUAUAUGUAAAGCUCAAAAGAAUGAGCUUUCCCAAAAUCUCCAAGCGCUUUCAGAACGUGCCAGAUCGGGGACGGAGUUUAUUCAGAAGCUCAAAGGGAUGUGUGAUAAGGUGCAGGAAACCAGUGUAGAAUUCGAAGCCAGCAUAGUAGCUCAAUGUGAUGCCUUGAUAGAAGCGAUGAAGAGACGCAAGCAGCAGCUCUUAGCUCAAAUAGCCCAUGACAAAGAGUACAAGGUGCACACGUUGAAGGAUCAGGUGUCCCAUUGCACGGCGGUGUUACAGAGAACCACCGGACUGCUGCAGUUCAGUAUAGAGGUUCUGAAAGAAAGUGAUGCAAUCUCAUUUUUGCAGGUUUCUGGAGGACUUAUCAACAGAGUCGCCAAUUCUGAUUUGACGUUUUGCAAGGACAUGGAGUUGCGACCACGAGUAUCUCAUGAGUUUGAACUAACGCUAGAUGACCGCCAAAUUCUUCAUGCCAUAGAGACCCUCAACUUUUUACAGAAGAAACGCCAGACGUACCAAGAAAACAAAGAUGCAAAAGAGGCCCCUGGGCCUCCAAUGAUCAUCCCUGAAGAAUGCAGUGCUGAGAACAACAGCGUCACUAUUGCCUGGCAACCAUUCCCAGGGAGCGUCAUUGAUGCCUAUAUACUGGAGUUGGAUGACGCCAACGCAGGGGCAUUUAGGGAGGUAUACUGUGGCCCUGAGACAAUCUGCACAGUAGAUGGCCUGCAUUUUGAUAGCAUGUAUAACGCCCGUGUGAAGGCGUUCAAUCAUGCAGGAGAAAGUGCCUACAGCGAGUGCAUCUGCCUGCAGACGGCUGAAGUUGCCUGGUUCUCCUUUGAUGCCAUCACCGCCCACCCAGAUAUUAUUUUUUCCAAUGACAACACAACGGUCACCUGUAGCAGUUAUGACAUGAGAGUGGUGCUAGGUGCCAUAGGAUUUUCUAAAGGCGUCCAUUACUGGGAGAUCGUAGUUGAUCGCUAUGAUCAUCAACCCGAUCCUGCCUUCGGCAUUGCCAGAUUUGAUGUCAACAAGGAGCAAAUGCUAGGUAAAGAUGACAAAGGUUGGAGUUUAUAUAUAGACAAUACACGCAGCUGGUUUAUGACAAAUGACACACAUUUUGACAGGACGGAGGGCGGAAUACGCCCUGGAAGUGUGAUCGGGGUGAAACUUGACUUAAACAACCACACACUUUGUUACUAUCUCAACGAUGAACCUCACGGACCAAUCACAUUCACAGGUUUGCACGGCGUCUUUUUCCCCGCAGUGAGUCUCAAUCGAAAUGUCCAGUUGACUCUCCACACGGGGCUUGAUAUCCCAAAUGACAGCGAUUCUGAUGGAGAGUAAAUCAGUGGAUCUCAGUGCGAAAUUAUUACUGACAGGGGAGCCUGGUGUCCUGUUUUGAGUGUCACAUUGUACAGGUCAUUGACCUUGCACAUAGAUCAGUCAUUGACCUUUCACAAAGGUCAAGUCAUUGACCUUGCCCAAAGAUCAGGUCAACAACCUUUAUUAAAAGACACAGCCAGUAUUGGCUUGGUGUCUCAUAACAGGAACAUUGACCUGGAACUGCUUUAACCUGUAUUGACUGAGUGCUCCUGUACUGGAGCCUUAUGUCAACAUUGAUCAAUGAAUUAUUAAGUAUUAUUUUUUACUGAUAUCAUUAUUUAUUUCAAAAUGUCUUAUUGCAGUAAAUGUACACAAGGGUCAAGGCAGUUUAUUUUACAAUCAGUGGGAAAUACUUGGAUGUUAAGUUUUUUUUUUUUUGAUCAAUAAGUACAUUUAACUUGCAGAAAAAGUGUCCGAGUUUGGUUUUGAACAACUUGAAUUAGUUGUUUUUAUUGAGUGUGACUUCAUAGCGAGUGACUUGGCAUCUGUCAUUUAUAUGCAUCAAUGUCAAUUUCCCCCUUGCUACAUGUUGCGAAGUAUGGGUUUAUUUUAUUGCAACAGAACCACCUUUAUUUUUGAUCUCAAAUGACUCUUUUUCAGCAGGCACUGAGAAUGACAUAACCUAACAUGCAAUUUGACCCAUGAGGCUCUGACACCUAAUGGCUUUUUGUUAUGCCACACAUCAAUUUGUAUAAUUUUUUUCUUCACAUAAUUUGCCCUGGUGGCAUGAGGAGAAGAACAUUGAAGUUAAUCUGACUGUGUAAUGCUUUUAGUUCCCAGUGUAGAAAUGUGUGAUGCUCUCUUAACUGUUGUUUUUAGAUUGGUCUAAAUCCAUACAGACGCUGGUGUAUCAGUGCUGUAGAAAUUGACAGACUAUUUAGGAAUUGUAUUUAUGUUAUUGAUAUCUAUGACAAGAUGUUAGAGAAUUUUAAGUUUGGGAAUCUGCUGCUCUACACAAUGCUUCUCAUGUUUGAUUACAAGCUUGAUUAUUAUUAUCAUUGUUAUUUUUUACACUAUUUCUGUACUGGCUUACAUGCAAAAAUGGUCUUUAUAAGCUGCUGUCUGAAGACAGUUGUUAUGAAUGAGAUCGCGUAUCAGACAGAGGCUAAUCAGUAUACACUGGAGAAGGUCAUGACAUUAUGUAUGAAAUUAAGAACAAUUGAUGCAAUAAAAUAGUUCCUACAUUCUUUAUUGAUGAAGGUAAUUUUUUUCCUAAAAGAAUUUCAUAGAAUUUUCUCUGGCACCCUUUAGGAAUUGAGGCGGUGAUUUGAAAAAAAAGGGGUGGGGGGGGCGUAGGAAUGGUCAUGAUCAGCAGCCACAGUUCUUGCUGCAGAACAUUUUUUUCAGCAACUGUUGCAAAAUUUGAUAAGAGCUCUUUACAUACCACAGGACAACGAACAGUACUGAAACAGUUCACUGGUGCGUAUUUAGCAUUGCUCAUAAUGUUCAAGCUUAUGGAAAUUAAAUUGGUUCAAGGAAUUUAGAUUAUAACCAUAAUUUCUUGUUAUAAAUUGUGCCAUGUGUUUUCAGUUAUACCAAGGUUACUGCCUUUUAGUGAAGAGUUUGAUGAAUUGAUUGCAGAAAGAAACAUGGACAUUAGUUAGACCUGGAAGGGGGGCAUUAUUUAAUAAUUCUUAUUUUUAUCUGGUAAACAUUAAAACAUUUUAAGGUUUAUUUAUUUUCACACAGAGGAAUGCACAAUUUUUUGUAUUAUUGUGAAUCUUAGUAUAGACUUGUAUGACAUUUGACACUGCUGGGUAUUGAUGUUAGGGAUGGUGCUAUUUAGAAGUUUAAAGGGUUGUGUGUUAAGAACAUGUUUUGCAACAAAAAUGUUUUGUGAAAAAAAAUCCUCACUGAAUCAAAUAAUGUUAAUUAAGUAUUCACUCGUAUGAUUUUAAGAGUCACAAAUUUGUCUUAUUAUAAUAACUUUGAACAAAGAAAGCCUACUUUCUGAAGUAGCUGAAAUAGCUAGAAUUUAGAUUAGAUCAUGUACAUAUCUGUAAAGAUCUCGUAUGUAUCAUUUCCCAACAGUAUAAGCAAUCUCCUAAACCCUUUUUUUUAUGAAAGACUUAUCAUUUCUGAACAGUAUAAUGUAAGUGUAAAUAUGGAGUGAAAAUUAUAAGUAAAUUAAUUUAACCUUGAAUGAUUUCAGAAGCUUAAAUGCUACAAUGAGUAAAGCUUCGUACAUGGAGCUUAUUUUUGUUACAUCAGGUAGUUAUAAUGUACAGUAGACUUUACACAACUUGACCUUAUAACUCAAAUUUUUGUGUAUCUCAAACAAAUCUUAUGGAACAAACUUUUUCUUUUGCCUCACUGUAAUCUUUGCAAAACUUGAACAAAUUUUCUGGUCACAAAAUGUCCCAAGUUGUUUGGAUUGUACUGUAUUUAAAAACUGUCAUUCAUCAAACCAUCGUGGCGGGAAGGUUGGAUGGUGUUCAUUGUAAUUAAAAAAAUCGUUUGUGAGUAUGGAAUGUUUCAAACUGACCUGCUGUUUCUGGACACAGCUUUUCAUUUUGUCUAAUUAUGGUAAGGUUAUCAUGCACAAUAUGUGACCAGGAAAACACAAUAGCACAGGUUGUCAACUAAUUGAAUCCUUUUAUUAGCAUGGUUAAUUCAUAAAAGAACCCUGCUUUUCAUGUAGUUGAGUAUUGAGAAAUGGAUUAAAAGUUGGUCAUGUUUGUACGCGUUUAGUUUUCUAGGCAAGCUUUUGAUCAUAGUGCUAUAAUUGAAUUUUUACGUGCAAUACUGAAAUGAUUUUAAUCUGGAUAAAAUGGAUUUGUAAAUAUCUGAUUUGGUUGCCAUGAUAUUGUGCACAGUGUUUAGGACAAAAUGAAAUAAAAUGGUUUGAGAAUUAA